ACAAAGAGCCUCAAAAAAACCCGCUAGUGGCAGAAGAAUGUGGCUCAAAAGUCAGAUAUUGCUCUUGUAUUGCAUCGUCAGUGAAGUCUGGAUGGCAAAGCAGCUUGACUCUAGAAAAAAUUUCCCCCAAAGACCUUCCUCUGUUGAAGAUGGUGGUUCUGCAAGGUGGAACAGGCUAAAGAGGAGCCUGUAUCAGGGAAGGUCCUGCAGGGUACGAGGCUGUUGCACAGGAAGAGACGAUGACUGCAGCUUCAACGUCGUCUCUAAAGCAGCUAUAUGUUACUGUGACCAGUUCUGUGCCUCAGGUUCUCCUGGCCCUGUAGACUGCUGUGGUGACUACUGGGAUGUCUGUGACCAUCCCGUUGAGCCCACCAGAUCAGAUGAGCCUUGGCCACCUCCACCAUCAGGUUGUUAUAAAGAUGGCCGACAUUAUGGAGAAGGAACAAUCAUUAAAGACAACUGCAAUUUCUGCAAAUGCUUCCAAAGUCUCUGGAAGUGUUCAAAGGAAGUAUGCCUUGUUCGUCAAGACUUAAUUCAGCACAUCAAUUCUGGAGAUUAUGGGUGGAAAGCUGACAACUACAGUCAGUUCUGGGGAAUGACAGUGGAAGAAGGUUUCAAAAAACGCCUGGGUACCUUUCCUCCGUCUCAUUCCUUGCUGAAUAUGAAAGAAACUCUAGGAAACUCUCUUCCAGAAGAAAAAUUUCCUGAAUUUUUUGCAGCCACUUAUGCAUGGCCUGAGUGGAUUCAUGAUCCUCUGGAUCAACGAAACUGUGGAGCAUCCUGGGCUUUUUCAACUGCAAGUGUUGCAGCUGAUAGAAUAGCGAUUCUUUCCGAAGGUCAGAUCACAGACAACCUUUCCGCUCAGAAUUUGAUCUCUUGUGAUAACAGGAAUCAACAUGGAUGUAACGGUGGAAGUAUCGAUGGUGCCUGGAGAUAUCUGAAAACACAUGGGGUUGUAUCCUAUGCUUGUUAUCCAUCAUUUUGGAACAACCACCUGGAGCCAUCAGGUGAAAAUCGCUGUUAUGUGUCAAGUGAAUAUGGAAAAAACUAUACAAAUGGGCCAUGUCCCAAUGCUUUAGAAGAAUCCAAUCGGUUAUACCAGUUUGCAUCUUACUACAGGGUCUCUUCAAAAGAAACUGAUAUAAUGAAAGAAAUCAUGGACAAAGGACCAGUGCAAGCUAUAAUGAAAGCGUAUGAAGAUUUUUUCCUUUACAAAGAGGGAAUCUAUAGACACUUGCAGAAAGUAGGAUCUAAAUGGAAAACUCAUUCAGUCAAACUCCUUGGGUGGGGAGUGUUACCUGACAGAAAUGGACAAAAACAGAAGUUCUGGAUUGCUGCAAAUUCCUGGGGAAAGUCUUGGGGAGAAAAUGGUUAUUUUAGGAUUCUACGUGGACAAAAUGAGUGUGAUAUUGAAAAGCUGAUUUUAGCUACUUUGGGAUAGCCAUAGUCUUCUACUGUAAUUGUAUUGUACUGUACUCUGCUUUAUGUACCUGUUCUUUCCAUUGUUGCAUAUUGAGUCUUUCUAGAGAAAUAAAAAUAUCUUCUCU